AUGGCUAAGCAGUGGGGAAACAACCUUUCAAGAUGUUCGAGAUGGCGCAAUACGAACGGCGGAGGUUACCAGAAAGUCGAAGCCUUUGCGACGUACGUUCGAGAACAUCUGGCGCCGAUCAGAUGGUUGUGGGUAGACACGUGCUGUAUAAACAAAGACAGCGCUGCAGAGCUGUCUGAGGCCAUCAACUCGAUGUUCGACUGGUACCUCGAGGCCGAGCUAUGCCUAUCAUACCUGGCAGACGUCGAGACGGCCGAAGAUGGAAGUGGCUUUGAGAAGAGCGAAUGGUUCACGAGAGGCUGGACACUACAAGACGACAAACUGAAAUGGAUGGACGGCCGGACGACCACACGGCCGGAAGAUACGUCAUAUGCACUCUACGGCGCAUUCGACGUCACACCGGGCGCAAACUACGGAGAAGGACACAAGGGUGCAAGACACUGUCUUAUGGCGGCCGUAGACCACCGGGUAAACGAAGCUGCGCAGCAAGUCGAAGACUAUAGAAAGAUCGUCGGUUGGCUCUCACCACCUGAUCCGCAGACGAACCACGCCUCGGCUCGCCAACGCCAUGAAGACAAGACAGGCGUCUGGCUGCUCCGGUGCGACCAAUACACACGAUGGAAGGCCGGUGCUCUCGACCAUGUAUGGAUGUACGGGAAAGCUGGUUGUGGAAAGACGAUCCUUCGUUCUACCCUCGUUGAGGACAUCCGAGCAUAUUGUCAAGGAGAAGUAAACAUUGGGCUAGCGGUGUUCUACUUCUCUUUCUCGGAUGACCAAAAGCAGACUUACCCAGAUUUGAUGCGGUCGCUGGUUGCCCAGCUUGGGUGGAAAGAGCCCAGUCUGACUAUACUCCGCCAAGCGUAUGAUAAGCCCAACGCGAGCGUUCCAGGAGCUGAUGAGCUGGAGAAGAUCCUGUGCUCCUCAUUCGAGACGCACGACAAGGUCUUUCUGUUGCUAGACGCUCUGGACGAAUGUCCUGAGGUCGGCGACAUCCGCCAGGAGAUGAUGCAGCGAAUCGAAGGGCUCGCACAACGUGCAGCUAAUCUCAAGAUUUUCGCAACAAGUCGUGAGCAGUCGGACAUACGUGAGUCAAUGGAAAUACUCCAGGUUGGGCAUAUCAACAUCGCUACACGGGCCGUGGAUACUGACAUUGGCAAGUAUGUGUCCAGCGAAAUGUCCCGUGACCGAAGACUUGCUCGCUUCGAUCUCGUUUCAAAAACGGCGAUUGAGAAGACGAUUGCGCAGAAGGGCGACGGGAUGUGA